AUGGCGGGCGGUGAAGUGGAAUUAGCGCAAUCUGCAUCCCAGGGGGGUGAUACUAUAUUCGGGAAGAUUUUAAGGAAAGAAAUACCAGCUAAGUUCGUUUACGAAGAUGAUCAGUGUGUAGCAUUCGAUGAUGUAAAUCCUCAAGCACCGACACACAUACUGGUGAUUCCUCGGAAACCAAUCCCUCAGUUGUCCAAAGCUGAUGAUGAAGAUGAAAAACUCCUUGGACAUCUCCUACUGGUGGCUCGUAAAGUAGCUGCGGAUAAAGGCUUGGAUAAGACUGGAUUCCGUUUGGUGAUAAACGAUGGCAAGAACGGUGCUCAGAGUGUGUACCACCUUCAUGUACACAUUCUGGGUGGUCGCCAGAUGCAUUGGCCACCUGGCUAA